CCUCUUCGAAAGUACUCCAGGCUUUACAUAACAGCAAAACCCCCAUCAACUAACAAUACCAGGAAGAAGAAGAGAAGCAAGAAAAUUAUAGAAUAUGUUAAGUGUUGCAGUUGGGUCAUCAGCUACACAGUGUGGCUAUGGAAAAGCCUCCGUUCAGCUGCCACUAACCUCACAUUUUGGAUCAAAGUCGCCAUUUUUUCUUUCUAUGCCCGCAAGACCCAGUCCCUCUUUCAGGACUGCCGUGGCUGCUAUUGACUCCAAUGACCUCACUUCCUCUCCGCCAAAUCCUCCUCUUCAGGAACAACCCAACAAAUACUAUUUUCUUGUUGCAAAUGCAAAAUUCAUGUUGGAUGAAGAGGAGCAUUUCCAGGAGCAAAUGUUUGAGCGCCUCCGUCUGUAUGGAGAGCGCAAUAAAGAGCAGGACUUUUGGCUUGUGAUUGAGCCUAAGUUCUUGGAUAAAUUCCCAAAUAUCGCCAAGAGGUUGAAGAGACCUGCUGUUGCUCUUGUCUCAACUAAUGGUACAUGGAUCACAUUUAUGAAAUUAAGACUGGACCGGGUUUUAGCGGAUAGCUUUGAAGCUGCCACCCUUGAAGAAGCACUAGCCUCAAAUCCUGCCACUCUAGAGUUUGAGAAGCCUAAAAAUUGGACAGCACCAUAUCCGAAAUAUGAGUCUGGAUGGUGGGAGACCUUCUUACUAGCUGCAUCUAAAGAACCGAAAGUAUAAAAGUACGUCUCUUUUUCUCAACUCUCCUCCCUCCGUCCAUUCUUGUUUUUUUGUUUCUUAGUUUUUAGGUCACCGAGUAAUUUUCCGAUGUAAUAGUAACUCGCAGUUUAAGCUGCUGUUAUCAGCAUGCAACUGAGUUAGAUGAUUAGAUUUGUUGGUUGCUUCACCCGUUUCUUGCUUGUAAUCUUAUUGUGUAUUUUGAAUAGAAUGCAAUCACCCAGUAUAUCUUAA